AUGCGCUUCCUCGACCUCGCCGCCGACUUCGCGGCCGUCGUCAGCGCCUCGCGAAACGUCGCCUCGAAGCACGCGGCAUUGCGCUCGCGCCAGAUUGGUGCAUCCCUUGUGCAGAACCCCCGGGAUCUCAAGAGAUCAUCGCCAGAGUCACAGGAGGCGCCGAAGCCAGAAGAUAUACCGGCCGAGGGUGGCGCCACCCCAGCAGAAGCCGACGCGGCGGCCCCAGCAUCGCCUUCGUCUGCGUCAGCGUCACCAACGGAGCCGGUGACCGAGAAGCCACCAGUCCCUGCGGCUGCUCCCGUACGUCAAGCUGCACAGGAAACACGGAAUCCAGAUAUCCAGGAGCCAGAGACCGCUGGUUCCCCGGAAGAGCCCGUCCUACCGACCUUCAUCCACCGUGCCCAGCUGCGCACGUCGAGGCCGCCAGGUGCCUUAAAUGAGGUCCGGAGGAAGGCCGCCGAGGCUGCGGGUCCGAGCGGAGGUCCAUCGAAACUGCACCCUCUGGAUCCCCGGCUAAAACAGACUCCACGACCGCCACCAGCUGUCCGCAGUCAGGCUGUGCAGGAUGUUCAUGUUGCAGCAAAAGCAAACUCUGUCUCGGCAGCAGUUGCAGAGAGUAUAGAACAGGGCGUUUUUAGCAAAAGAGAGGAGCACGAGAACCCUUCCGUCGUCGAUAAGACUUUGGAUGUUGAGGAUAUUCCCAAAACUGAGCCCACAGUCGAUGCUACUCCUGAAACAACUCCGGAGGCGGCUCCACAAGCGGAAGAGUCGCCUGGCACAGGAGCGGAAGAGACACAACAAGCCCUACCGGAAACCGAGACUUUGAAGGCCGAGAUACUAGAGACGCCGUCUCCGAGCACAGCUAGAGCUACUCCUCUCGCCUCAAUACCCCUGCCUACGACGCGGGUAGCAGAGCCACCAAAGCGGGCCUUUGAGCUGAAGGAGUCCAAGGUGCCGGCCACCCGCCUGAGCCGGAUAUGGAACUAUGGCGGCCUCGCGGCCGGUAUGCUCGGCGGCGCUCUGACGGAGUCGAUUAGCCGCGGCUUUGGAGGCGGCAGCGGCGACAGCGGGUCGGUCAUGCUGAGCCCUGGUAACCUCGAGCGACUCGUGUCGCGGCUCUCUCGUAUGCGCGGCGCGGCCCUCAAACUCGGCCAGAUGAUGAGCUUCCAGGACGCCAAGAUGCUGCCCGCGCCGCUGCAGGAGGUCCUGCAGCGCGUCCAGGACAGCGCCGACUACAUGCCUGCAUGGCAGCGCGACCGCGUGCUGGCGUCCGACCUCGGUGCGGACUGGCGCGAUCUGUUUGGCGAGUUCGAGGAGAAGCCGCUGGCAGCGGCGUCCAUUGGCCAGGUGCACCGCGCGACGCUGCGCUCCAACGGCGCCGCCGUCGCCGUCAAGAUCCAAUUCCCGGGCGUCGCCGACUCCAUCAACUCGGACCUCGACAACCUGGGCAUCCUGCUGACGGCCACGCGCAUGCUGCCCAAGGGCCUGUACCUGGACAAGACGAUUGCCAAUGCGCGCACCGAGCUGGCGUGGGAGUGCGACUACCUGCGCGAGGCCGAGUGCGCACAGCGCUUCCGUCGUCUGCUGGACGGCGCACGCGAAACGGGCGUCGACGGCGCUUUCGUGGUGCCCGACGUGUUUAGCGAGGCGUCGGGAAAGCAGGUGCUGACCAUGUCCUUUAUGGACGGUGUGGGCGUCACCAAGGUCGCGCACGACCUCUCCCAGGAGCAGCGCGACUGGAUCGGCACGCAGAUUCUGCGCCUGUGCCUGCUCGAGAUCACGCAGUUCCACUUUAUGCAGACGGACCCCAACUGGACCAAUUUCCUGUACAACGCCGGCACCAACAAGCUGGAGCUGCUCGACUUUGGCGCCUCGCGCGAGUACCCGGCCGAGUUUGUUGAUCAGUACGUCCGUCUGCUUCAGGCAGCCUCGCAGUCCGACCUCGAGGGCGUGCAGGCGCUGUCGCGCGACCUGGGCUACCUGACGGGCCACGAGAGCCGCGCCAUGCUGGACGCCCAUACGCAGUCGGUCAUGACGCUGGCGGAGCCCUUCCGCGCAGACGCGCCCGAGAUCUACGACUUCCAGGACCAGACGAUCACGGAUCGCGUGCGCUCAUUCAUCCCCGUCAUGGUGCGCGAGCGCCUGACGCCGCCGCCCGAGGAAACGUACAGCCUGCACCGUAAGCUCAGCGGUGCCUUCCUACUGUGUGCACGCCUGGGCAGUCGCGUGGCCUGUCGUGGCAUGUUUGAGGACAGCCUGAAGAAGAUGGGCCUUGCAUAA